GUGUUUAGAUGUAUUUGAAAAUGGUUAGGAUUGGAGAGACUAUAAUGUCUUUUGUGGAUGGUAUCUCAUGGAUGCCUUCUUAGAAACAUGAGAGGAGACGCUAACGUAGGUAAGGUUCCACGUUUACAUAACACGAUUGUAACAAGGGACUGACCAAUCAAAGAUAAAACGAGGUCCGACUUUAACAUCGUAUAUAUAAUAUAAUCCACGUUUACUUACAUAUUUAUUUACAAUUCAAAUCACAAAAAUCAAAUAAGAUAUUAUAAAUGACUUCAUUGUUUUAUCUCUGAUCUCUUGGACGGUUUGAUUUUCAAUAAAUCUUUAAUUUAAUCUCUUUCAUGUUUUAUGUGUUUAGUAUAUUUUGAUUUGAUAGCAUUUGUUGUUGUAAAGAAAUGACAAAAAACAUAGUAAUUUUCAUUUAGUAGUAUAAUGUGUCGUGUUAUAUUUGUUGUUAGUUAAUUGCGUUUAGAUCCGUCAAGAACGCUGGUUUUUGUGUUCUUUUCCUCUUUGUUUGGAUUUGUCAUCAUGGGACUUGUUCGAACCCCAAAACAUAGCACAAGCACUCUUCUUCCAUCCAAAUCAUCAUUUACCACCCCCACUUCUCAUACCAUGAAAACAACAAUACAGAUUUAUGGCGUAUCUCUUUCGCUCAUUCUUAUCAACCUAGCCGCUAUAAUGGAGCGGGCAGAUGAAAAUCUUCUUCCAGCAGUCUACAAAGAAGUUAGUGAAACAUUCAAUGCAGGACCGUCUGAUUUAGGUUACCUCACAUUCAUAAGGAACUUUGUUCAAGGAAUAUCAUCUCCACUAGCUGGUAUACUUGUUCUUAGCUAUGAUAGACCAACAAUUCUUGCUAUGGGAACUUUCUGCUGGGCUUUAUCCACUGCUGCUGUUAGCGGUUGCAACGAUUUUAUGCAGGUUGCGUUUUGGAGAGCGAUAAAUGGAUUUGGUUUGGCGAUUGUGAUUCCAGCAUUGCAGUCUUUCAUUGCUGAUAGCUAUAAAGAAGGUGUGAGAGGAGCUGGAUUUGGACUACUAAGCUUUAUUGGUACUGUUGGUGGAAUUGGAGGUGGCGUUAUGGCUACCGUCAUGGCUGGUCAGACGUUUUGGGGAAUACAAGGAUGGAGAUGUGCCUUUGUUUUGAUGGCAAGUUUGAGUGCAUUCAUUGGAUUCCUUGUUUUGCUAUAUGUCGAUGAUCCAAGAAAAAGAAUUUCCGCCACUCAAAAUGCUAGCGAUAGCUCAGAAAAGGAUGAUUUGAUCUAUAAUGGAAAUGCUAGUGUGACAUCAAUUUGGAGGUACUCUUGGGCAGCCACUAAAUCUGUGAUCAAAGUGCCAACAUUUCAAAUAAUUGUCUUACAAGGCAUUGUCGGGUCAUUACCAUGGACUGCCAUGGUGUUCUUCACAAUGUGGUUCGAACUAAUUGGUUUUGAUAAUAACACUGCAGCAACUCUCCUCAGUCUUUUUGCUGUUGGGUGUGCUAUCGGCUCAUUCGUAGGAGGAUCAAUAGCUGAUCGAUUGUCACAAACCUAUCCAUAUUCAGCUCGGAUUAUGUGUGCGCAAUUUAGUGCCUUUAUGGGCAUUCCAUUCUCAUGGUUUCUUCUUAGGAUCAUACCUCAAUCAGUAACUAGUUUUUUUACAUUUGCGGUCACACUCUUUUUUAUGGGACUCACUAUAAGCUGGAAUGGUACGGCUGCUAAUGCACCGAUGUUCGCUGAGGUUGUCCCAGUCAAACACAGAACAAUGAUUUAUGCAUUCGAUAGAGCUUUUGAAGGCUCAUUCUCUUCUGUUGCAGCUCCUUUGGUUGGCAUUCUUGCAGAGAAAAUGUUCGGCUACAAUUCAAAAUCUGUUGAUCCUCUCAAAGGGUCUCCGGCAGAGGCACUUGCCUUGUCAAAGGGACUUCUUUCAAUGAUGGCAAUUCCAUUUGGACUGUGUUGCUUGUGCUACACACCAUUGUAUUAUAUAUUUAAGAAGGACCGUGAAAAUGCUAGAAUGCAAGCCUUGAAAGAAGAGGAGAUGAUGUGAGACGCUAACUAAGAACGGUAGUUCGUUUGAAUGGAGCCCUCUUAACUCUAUCUGCUUGUGACUUGGGUAUAUAUGGAAUUCAAAUCUUCGGCAGUAUUCACGAAAGUAUGAAACGUUGCAACAGAUCUUCAAAAAUGGCCUCAUUUUCUUUUAUUUGAAGUGUCUAUGGGUUCCAUUAUGAGACGAGGCUAACAAAUGAACUCGUUUUGAGCGAUUGCUUAUACUUGAGGCGGCAUAUGUGACCAAACUGAUCAGACCUAUUUAAUAGCAAACAUUUCACACAGAUAAAUUACACCAACCUCCUCUAAGAUCUAAUUAAACAUCAUAAACACUGUCUAGUUUUAAGAUUGACACUACCCUCCCUUGGUUUUACAUUGGAAGGACACACUUCUCCCUUGUACCUUAACACUGUUAUUCUUCUGUUAAAAGAACAACAAAAUUCUCAUGAGUCCCAUACUUACUCUCACAUUAAGCCAAAUUGGCUGCUGCAUGACAGUAUGUGUAUAUCACAUUAAUUAAUUUGGUGUUUUGUUUUCUGUGUG